AGGGAGCAGGUCUGAGCUGAACUGUUGGCAGAAAACACUGCUGCCAUUCUCUGGGAAAGAGUUGUGCCCUGGGGCCAGACCAGCUCUCCAAGGAAAAUGUUUGCGGUACACUUGCUGGCUUUUUAUUUCGCGAAGCUGAAAGAAGAUCAGAUUAAGAAGGUGGACAGGUUUCUGUAUCACAUGCGACUCUCAGAUGACACCCUGCUGGACAUCAUGACCCGUUUCCAAGCUGAGAUGGAGAAAGGCCUGGGGAAGGACACCAACCCCACGGCGUGUGUGAAAAUGCUGCCCACCUUUGUCAGGGCCAUCCCGGACGGAUCAGAGAAGGGGGAGUUCCUUGCCCUGGACUUGGGCGGCUCCAAGUUCCGUGUCCUGACGGUUCAAGUGUCCGAGGACGGCAAGCGGAACGUUCACAUGGAGAGUCAGUUCUACCCAACUCCCAAGGAGAUCAUCCAUGGCAGUGGUUCUGAGCUCUUUGACUAUGUAGCCGACUGUGCGGCAGAUUUCAUGAAGACACGGAACAUAGAACACAAGAAAUUGCCUCUUGGUCUGACGUUUUCUUUUCCGUGCAAGCAGAGUAAAUUAGAAGAGGGAAUCCUGCUUUCGUGGACUAAGAAAUUUAAGGUUCGGGGAGUUCAGGAUACAAAUGUGGUGAGCAGCCUGACCAAAGCUCUGAAAAGACACAAGGAUAUCGAUGUGGACGUCCUGGCCUUGGUCAAUGAUACGGUGGCAACCAUGAUGACCUGCGCCUACGAUGACCCACGCUGUGAAGUUGGAGUCAUCAUUGGAACUGGUACCAACGCCUGUUACAUGGAAGACAUGAGCAACAUCGACAUGGUGGAAGGGGAUGAGGGCAGGAUGUGUAUCAACACUGAGUGGGGCGCCUUCGGGGAAGAUGGCUCCUUGGAAGACAUCCGGACUGAGUUUGACAGGGAGAUAGACUUGGGGUCCAUCAAUCCAGGGAAACAACUGUUCGAGAAGAUGAUUAGUGGGUUGUACAUGGGGGAACUGGUCAGACUCAUUCUUCUGAAGAUGACAAAGGCCGGCCUCCUGUUCCGUGGUGAGAAAUCCUCUGCUCUCUACACCAAGGGCAAGAUCGAGACCCGCCACGUGGCUGCCAUGGAGAAGUAUAAGGAAGGCCUACAGAACACCAGAGAAAUCCUGAUGGAGCUGGGCCUGGAGCCUUCAGAGGAAGACUGCUUGGCGGUCCAACACGUGUGUACCAUUGUCUCAUUCCGAUCAGCUAAUCUCUGUGCAGCCGCCCUGGCUGCCAUCUUGACCCGCCUCCAGGAGAAUAAGAAGCUGACCCGGCUUCGGACCACUGUGGGAAUGGAUGGCACCCUCUACAAAAUCCACCCUCAGUACCCGAAGCGCCUGCACAAAGUGGUGAGGAAGCUGGUCCCCAACUGCGACGUCCGGUUCCUCCUCUCCGAGAGCGGCAGCGCCAAGGGGGCGGCCAUGGUGACCGCGGUGGCCGCCCGGGUGCAGGCCCAACGGAAGCUGAUCGAUGAGGUGCUGUCCCUGUUCCAGCUGACGCCAGAGCACCUGGUAAACGUGAAGAACAAGAUGAGGGCCGAGAUGGAGUAUGGGCUGAAGAAGGAGACCCAGCCCCUGGCCACUGUGAAGAUGCUGCCCACCUACGUCUGUGCCAUGCCUGACGGGACAGAGAAGGGCAACUACCUGGCUCUGGAUCUUGGAGGGACCAAUUUCCGGGUCCUGUUGGUGAAGAUCAGAAGUGGGCGUAGAUCGGUGAGGAUGUACAAUAAGAUCUUCGCCAUCCCGCUGGAGAUCAUGCAGGGCAUGGGGGAAGAGCUGUUUGACCACAUCGUGCACUGCAUCGCCGACUUCCUGGAUUACAUGGGCAUCAAGGGGGCCAGUCGGCUGCCCCUGGGCUUCACGUUCUCCUUCCCCUGCAAGCAGACCGGCCUCGACAAGGGGACACUCGUAGAGUGGACCAAAGGAUUCAAAGCCACAGACUGUGAAGGGGAAGAUGUCGUGGACAUGCUCAGGGAGGCCAUUAAGAGGAGAAAUGAAUUUGAAUUGGAUAUUGUUGCGGUCGUCAAUGACACCGUGGGCACCAUGAUGACCUGUGGCUAUGAAGACCCAGACUGUGAGAUUGGUCUCAUCGCAGGAACCGGCAGCAACAUGUGCUACAUGGAAGAGAUGAAGAACAUCGAGCUGGUCGAGGGCAAUGAGGGCAAGAUGUGCAUCAACACUGAGUGGGGCGGCUUUGGGGACAAUGGCUGCCUGGACGAGAUCAGGACCCAGUAUGACACCGAGGUGGAUGAAGGCUCCCUAAAUCCUGGCAAACAGAGGUAUGAGAAGAUGACCAGUGGCAUGUACCUUGGGGAAAUCGUGAGGCAGAUUCUGAUCGACCUAACCAAGCACGGACUUUUGUUUCGAGGGCAGAUUUCAGAACGGCUCAGAACCAGAGGCAUAUUUGAAACCAAGUUCCUAUCUCAGAUUGAAAGUGAUGGGCUGGCCCUCCUCCAGGUCCGGAGGAUCCUGCAGCAGCUGGGCCUGGACAGCACCUGUGAAGACAGCAUUGUGGUGAAGGAGGUGUGUGGGGCUGUUUCCCGGCGAGCAGCCCAGCUCUGUGGGGCGGGCCUGGCUGCCAUUGUGGAGAAGAGACGGGAAGACCGGAACCUUGAGCACCUAAAAAUCACCGUUGGCGUGGAUGGGACACUCUACAAACUGCAUCCUCACUUUUCUCGGAUCUUGCGGGAAACCGUGAAAGAGCUGGCCCCUCAGUGCGAUGUGACGUUCAUGCUGUCUGAAGAUGGGAGUGGAAAGGGGGCCGCCCUGAUCACAGCUGUGGCCAAGAGGUUGCAUCUGAAGAAGGACAACUGAGAACUGAGAACAGCCAGGGUCCGCUGGGAUCUAGUGGCUUAGGUCCUUCGCCAAUCUCCUGCCCUUGGGAUCUAAGUUGAGUACAGGCCAAUGGGUCCAAGCUACUCUUUUUGGCCAAUAAAGGGAGCCCUGGGCUACUUGUCUUGGUCUUGACACGACCCAAAGAGAAAUCUAUGGGCUUCUAAGGGUUGGAGGUGUGAAGGGGUAGGUAGUCAGUGUUAGCUCCUCCGUGGGACACCCUGGGGCAGAGCGUUUCUGGGGUGAGGCUUUGCCCAGUUUAGCGGGUGCUGAAAACCCUCGUAGUCCUUCCACAACUUAGAGCUGAGAGGGCUUAAGGCUGAUGUAACCUGAAGGAAUUAGGUGAUUCAAGGGUGUGUUUCAUGCUGCUUGCUCUGGCUAAGGUUGUCUCAUUCCAGGCACACACAAAUGACAAAUUAUAGCUCUUUCUGGGAGUUUCAUCCCACACACACAAAACCCCUUGCCACAGGCCACCUCAGAAAUCUUUCAGUGAGUAAUCUCAUCAGGCCGACUCCUAAGUCCUAAGGCAGCUUCCUUCCCUGUAGAUGUGAGUUUAAUACUUGGAUGGCUUGAAAUUUAUGAUAAACGUCCCCAUGGGGAUGAUGAAGAACUACUCCCUUGCCCCAAGAUCCUAGGGUUCCAGCAGUAAAUUUUGUCCCCUCCCUGUUAAGAGAAACAAAUAUUUUAAAAGCUUUUUUAUUUUUUGUUACUGUGACCUUGACAAAACCCAGCAAAUAGGAACAUUUCUACAUACAAAGAAAAAUAGAGAGGAUUGUAUGUGAAGCUACUGCUCCUAUUGUAUACAGCUCAGUGUUUAAAAAGCAAAUAAUA